CACACACAAUAUGGGGCAAACACUUGCAUACCCUGUCAUGAUCCAGACCAUCCUUGAUGGAUGCAAUUUUCUCUCAACAUCCUUUAAACAAGUUGAUUUAAAGAAAACCUUCUUGGAAUAUGGUGAACAAUGUAAUGCCUUGAGUAUUUUUGUAAAGGAAGCUAACAAACACAUUUCAGAAUUUUCUCCAACACUUAAAGAGAGAUAUAAAUCGUUAAAGGUCAAACUCUAUGAAGAAUGUAUGAAAUUGACUAAUUUGAAUACCACAUUCCGAACAACAUUGAAUUUGAUGAAAAAAGAAUUAGAAUAUUUUAGAGUUCUUGCGAAAACAGACGAAACUGCAUUAUUAUUCACAAACAAAAUCGCUUCACACGAAACAACUUUUAAUGAAAUGGCUAAAAGUUUUGAAAAGUACAAGGAUGAUUUAGGAACAAUGGGCAGUGAAUGUGUUGACAUUGCCCAACAGAUAGAUAACGAAAUACCAAAAGAGAAAUUUGGUAAAGCUCGUGCUUGGACAAUUGUUGGCAUAAUUACUGGGUGUGUUCUAGUAGUAGGUGGUGUAGCUGCAAUAAUAGCAGGAGUAAUCUCGUGUUUUAUUGCACCUGCAUUAGCACCUGUGUUGAUUGGAGGUGGAAUUGCAGCAACUGGUGUUGGAAUUGGAACUAUUGUUCCAUCUGGUUCAACCUUAUCCAAAAUUAACAAUCUUCAGAAUGGAACUAAUCAUGUGGCAGCUAGAGUUAGUGAAACAGCCAAAUGUCUUUCUGAUAUUAUUGCUCAAUGCAAAUUUUUGGCAACAUCCAGUGCUUCUGUUUCUGCAGAGAACAAAUGGGUUGCUCUUAGGGCUACUAUUGAUACUUUGAUGAUUUUGAUUAAAUCUUCAGUAAAAUCUUCUACUCAACUUGAUGACUCCAUUAAGAAACUUCGAGAUACAAUUUUGAAAUAA